AUGCUUAUCGCAUUCUUAAUGAUUCCAGUACUGCAGAAACAGUUUGAUUCAUUUAAAGAUACAGUGUGGAAUUGUCACAGAAUCCGUACCCAAAAAGAAACACUUCUUCCCGAUGGGGUUCCGAAUCAUAUGUACGACUUUCCAGAAGAAUAUGGCUUAGAGAAAUGUGGUAAGGAGUAGAUAUGUAUGUUUAACCCAUUCAGCUGCAAUGUGGUCUACUUUUUUUUUACUUGUCUAACGCCAUACGAUUUUACUUGUCAAUGGGGAAACUCUGUUUUGCCACAAUGUGCAUCGCCACAAUGUGCAUCUUUCUUCUAACGCUUUUUUUAGGGUGGCCUGUAACAGAAGACCAGUUGAAAGAUGUAGCUGAGUUGUCAGGAGUUUUAGAGCUAGAUGAUGAUUUUAUACAAAGUGAAUCUCGGGAGAAAUGUGAAAGAAUUAUUCCUUUUCCUGGUGAUGUAGAACCUGACCAAUGUGCAGAUGCCUAUGUUUACCUCAAAGACAAUUUUUUAAAUAGCUGA